AUGUCGUCCGAACGCAUACGGCUAUCAAAGCCAACACGGCCGCCGUUGACUCCGCGCGUGGCCGGCAGUUCGACGAGUACCCCACAGCUCAGGCCGUCAGCACCUCGUCUUCCUACCGGGAGUGGCGUCGGCGUCCGACCUGGGUCGCCCUUGAUAUCACCCCGAGUUGCAAGCAGACCGACAGAUGAGACACCGAAGGGGCCAGCACUGGGGACGGUCAAUGCCAACAUCACUCCGCGCUCGGCGAAGCGCAGGUCCCGGGUCGACAGCAGUACCAAUUCGCCACUACAGGAUGAGUCGCCGGUGGACACACGGGCGAAGAGCGCGGCCACGACCAAUCUAGGAGUGCCCGAUGCAGCACAAGGACGUGGCAGUGGUGGUAGUGGACUGGGCGUCUCACUURGAUAUGGGCAGCACAGGGCUCAGGCACGACUCAGCGCACCGAAGAGCUCCGUGGGCGCGGGCAGCUCACCGUCUCUGGUGCGGUCGCCUGGCUAUGCAGACCUCGCUUCACAGCAGGACAGCAUUGAGAGUCGCUUCUYCCAUGCCAGCGAUGCCCCCCGGCAGGAGUAUGUGGGGAAGAGGCCAGAGCCUAAGCGGACUCCCGCUUUCUUCUACGCGGAUGGCAAGGAGGACACAACCCAUGUACCGCCCAAAUCACUUUCACCUCUCAUGUCAGCCAUGUCUGAGAAGGGCUCCUGGCAGCGGCCAGAAUCGCAGUCGAAUUCGUCAAGAAACCCUCCCAUGGCGUCACCAGCCCUGAGUGCGGUUGGCAGCAGUGUGCCUUCAUUUUUCCCGGCAGCAUCGCAAUCACAGCCCAUGAGAGCCCCUUCGCCCAGCAAAGAGAAUAUACAUUUGUCCUACAGAAAAGGUGCAUCGCAGAUCUUCGGCACACGUCCCACACCACGGCAAGCACAUCGAUCCGCAGAUAUGCCUCUUUUGGAAGAGGCUAGACGACCAAGCGGAGGAGUGUCUCGCCAUCACAAAUCUCCCAGUCUAUCUUCCAUAGAUUCAGGGAACUCCCACGCAUCACGAAGGCGAUCUGCUACUGCAGUCGACACCCAAAGUCCAACCUCACCGUUAACAAAUGCGCCGAUGGUAGCAAAUCAUGUUCCUCGACUCGGCAGUCCACCACAAACUAUUCCCAUCAUCGAUACCUCUCUCGCCUCUCCUUUAUCUCCACCUCUCGAUUACGGAGCGCUAAGUCCGACCAAAAAUAUAUCAGAGCUCGCUGCUGACGCCCGGAGAGAGAGGAAGGUUCUUGACCUUGAGAUUUCGAACUCCAGCUUGCUGGCUAUCAACGCUAGCCUUGAACGUGAGGUUCGAAGACAAAAAAUGGAGCUCAAACGAUUUCGUCGUCUGUCUCGCGCUGGUCGGUUCUCGAUGGCUGCGAGCGAGCCUACCCAUGCGAGAUCCUCUGGAGGGUCACUCGGCAUGCUCGGCGAGGACGAAGACGAGGAUGAAGACGACGAUCCCUACGCCGCCGCAAUGCUUUCUGGACUGAUCGAUCUGGAUGACGAAAGUGAUUCGGAAGAAGACGACAGCCUGAUGAGCAGCAACAGUGCGCUAUCUUCCAAUGCCCAGCAAGACCGUUUGGCAAAAGACGAAAAGCGCUUGCGCGUGGAUCUAGAAAAGCACAAAGAGCUUUUAGUCAAUUCCCAAAACAUCAACCAGAGCUUGAAAAGGUGCAUGUAUGCAACAGAGGCAAUGAUAGAAGAUGGAAGGAAAGCGCUCCAAUAUCACGUACGAGUGAGCGAUGUGAAGCUAGGAGGAAGAAUACUCUCUGGUCUGGAUGACGAUGAGAUUGAACUCGAAGAUGGUAUUGAAGAUGAUGCCUUUGCAGGUGAGGACGGGGGUGGCGAUGGUGAUGUUGGAGGCAUGAAGGGCUUGCUCGACGUUUGGGCGGGUGUAGGCAGGCUACAUCUCGACGGAAGCGAAGCGCCUGGAGAUCGAGAUUCUGGUAUCGAGCUGGAAAAACAUUUGUUCUCCGGGAGACCACCUGAGACAGCAGCGCCGGUUCGCCCUGCAGUAACGCAGCAGAUAUCAAGCCGGCUACCCUGCCUCGAUUCCUAG